AUGGACGACCAGCGACAACAAGAGGACUGGGCAAGCGAUCGUAGUAACCGUCUCCCAUCCUUCACAGAGGUUCUUUCUCGAAGAACCCGACCGCCAGUGGAUCUUUUUAUGUUUUAUCUCUUCUUACAGCGAGAAGGAGCAGAGGAUAUCCUUGACUUUUGGCUGGACGUUCAACAACAUGAAAACCUGUGUCGUGCAUAUUUCAAAGAUGUUCGUAAGUCUGGUCGCACCAUCAAGGAAGAUUGGCCGCAAUAUUGGGACUACGCACGACGGAGAGGGUCCAUAUAUGGCACCGUCGUUGGGCUUAAUCCAGAUGGGAUGCAUACGAAACGUAGUACUGCCAGUACGGGAGAACUACUGAGUGAACAGGACAAGCGAAAUCUGGCAGCGACAGACGAAAAAGCAGCCGGUCGUUCCACCUCGCCUCGCCUUACACCCGGCAUUUCAGAACAUACACAUAUCGCCUCCACAUCUCCCAAUAAUGACCGACCAACAACGCCGUUUUCCUUGUCUGGUCGCACACCCACUCUGUUCAACUUGAAACGCGCUUCUCGCGCACCUACAGUCAUCCCACGAUCCUCAGCGAUCACACGCCAAGACCUUAUCGCUUCUGCUGAACGAAUAUAUUUCCGAUAUCUGUCACCAGCAGGAAACACAGUGAACUCGCAGGAGAAUCACGAAAUAUACCUUCCUCCCUCUCUCCGAAUCCAUUCCUUCCCACUAAGUUCAUCAGCCGAACCGAAAUCUCAAUCCGAAAUGGCUAUCAUGGCUCAAAUUCCUGAUAUGUUUCAUGCACAGAAGGAAUACUGUUUCCGUGCAAUGGAACAGGAUGCGUUUCCUCGUUUCUUGCGAGCGAAGGCUUUCGGAAACCUCACCCCAAUAUCAGCUCUCGUAAGGCUCAUUUUAGGCCUUGUAAUUUUAUGGAUAGGGCUUGCGACAGCAUUUUCUCUGGUGUUCCUUGACGUUCAGCCGAAGUCAAAACGUUUCUUCCUAUUCAUACCGUUCACAUUUGCUGUUCUAUUCCUCGUGUCUCAUCAAUAUGAGCUCGAUCCUAUACUUGUGUUCCUUGGUCAAUCCGAAACGACACCCUUCCGUACGCUGCGAAUCAAGGAGCCUUACGUGAAUAAACUGUUACUAGGUCGUGCGAUAUGGGUGUCAGUCUUGGUCGCCGCUUUCGUUACUGCCCUCACGUUGAUAUUUUGGGCUGUACCUGGACAUCGACUAUAG